AUGGGAUUCCUCGCACACAGCUGGGAAUAUACCACCGUGUUACUCACACUCGCUGCAUGCCUGAUCUUUUCUGGUGCUCAGCCGGCACCUGAUUUCUGUGUGAUGUAUGAAGAAUGUGGCAAGAAUCCCACUGUAGAGGGAUCCCUGAUCCCCGCCAUAGUGCCCUGCAAAGACUACAGUCAAGCAAGAGGAGUGGUGGGGAAACACUACCAGCUCCUGAAGCAGGUAUGUCCUAUGCUGGACCGGGGCGAGGGCCAAACCAAAGCCUGUUGCUCCCAAUCUCAGCUGCUGUCCCUGAAGAGCAGCCUGAUGCUGUCCCAAGCUGUGCUACUGCGAUGCCCCUCCUGCGCUUACAACUUCGCCCACAUCCACUGCAUCACCACCUGCAGCCCUGAACAGAGCCAGGUCAUCAACAUCACCCGGACCACGAUGGUCAAUGUUUCCAACACGGAGAAAGAGGCCGUGGUUGGCUACCAAGCAUACAUCUCUACCAGCUUCUCUGACGCGUCUUUCAAGUCUUGCAGGAACGUCAGAAUCCCGGCGACGGGAGGAUAUGCUAUCGCGACAAUGUGCGGUCGCUACGGCGCCACCCUGUGCACGGCUCAGCGCUGGUUGGAUUUCCAGGGCGACUCGAGCAACGGCCUGGCACCGCUUGAUAUUGACUUCCGGCUCAUUUCACCAGAGCAGGCUGCAGGGGUUCCACCUGGAAUGAUUCCGUAUGCUGGGUUGGCUCUGGGAUGCAACGAGACAACACCUGAUGGGGAUAAAGAGUGCUCCUGCCAGGACUGUGUGGAGUCCUGUCCCGUGGUCCCUCCUCUGGAUCCCCCGCCCGGACCUUUCAUGAUCGGUGACAUGGACGGAGCGGUUGUGAUUUGCCUCAUUGUCUUAUCUCUCCUCUCCCUCCUGUACCUGGGCUUCCUCGUGGCUGAGUUCAUCCACAAGAGGUUCAAGGAUAAAGUCACAGGCAUGGACAAAAAUGCAAACGAACUGGACCACAACCAGAAGGUGAAUCCCAAAGACGUCACAUGGACCGACAGGGCAAGUCUGGUAACCCAGGACUUCCUGGGGUCUCUGUUUCAGACUUGGGGACGUGUAAUGGCGACACACCCUCUGAAGGUCAUUGCUGUGUGUCUACUUGUCGUGGUGGCACUUGCGACUGGGCUCAUGAACAUAGAGCUGACCACUGACCCGGUCCAGCUCUGGUCGGCUCCCAACAGCCGUGCCAGGCGGGAGAAGGAGUUCCACGAUGUCCAUUUUUCCCCCUUCUACCGCACUAAUCAGCUGAUCCUGACGGCACCCGGCAGGCACGGCCACGUCUACGACUCCUUGCUCUUCGGCAAAACAAACUUCAGUGGCCUCAUCUCUAAAGACCUCAUCAUGCAGCUGCUGGAGCUUCAGCAGAGAAUCCAGGCCACUGAGUUCUGGUCAGAUGAGCUUAAUAACACAGCCACGCUUAAAGAUGUCUGCUACGCACCGCUCAACCCAAAGAACCCCUCUCUGACAGACUGUGCUGUAAACGGACUAACCCAGUACUUUCAGAACAGUGUAGACAAUCUGAAUGCAAAGGCCAACAUGACUGAACUCGGUGUGACCAAAGAAGUUGACUGGAGGGAUCAUUUCAUCUACUGUGUCAACUCACCGUUGUCCUUUAAGGACAUCACUGCACUAGGACUGAGCUGCAUGGCUGACUAUGGCGGACCUGUGUUUCCCUUCUUGGCUGUAGGAGGAUAUGAAAAUGAAGAUUUCACCACUGCUGAGGCUUUUAUUCUCACUUUUUCCCUGAAUAACUACCCACGAACCAACCCAAAGUUUAAAGUGGUUGAGCAAUGGGAGUCCAGAUUUCUGCAGAUAGUGCAGCAGUAUCAAAACGAUCCCACAACAAACUUCACCUUCGCCUACAUGGCUGAGAGGUCGUUAGAAGAUGAGAUCAACAGAACUACCAUGGAAGACAUCCCCAUCUUCAUGAUCAGCUAUGGUGUCAUCUUUAUUUACAUCGCCGUGGCUCUGGGAGAGUAUUCCUCCUUCAAACGCAUUCUGGUGGACUCUAAGAUCUUGGUGGGCCUGGGCGGUAUACUGGUAGUGGGCUGCUCCGUCCUGGCCUCCAUGGGCUUUUAUGCCUGGAUCGGACUCCCUUCCUCAUUGGUCAUCCUGCAAGUGGUGCCCUUUCUGGUCCUGGCUGUCGGUGCCGAUAACAUCUUCAUCUUUGUCCUGGAGUAUCAGAGAGAUGUGAGACAGCCUGGGGAACAGAGAGAGGAGCAGAUCGGUCGAGUCCUUGGAAGAGUCGCUCCCAGCAUGCUCCUCUGCAGCCUAUCUGAAUCUGUCUGCUUUUUCUUGGGCGCGCUCAGCACCAUGCCUGCGGUCAAGUCGUUUGCGCUCUACGCUGCCCUGGCUGUGCUCAUGGACUUCGUACUGCAGAUGACGGCGUUCGUGGCGCUGCUCUCCCUUGACGCCCGCCGGCAGGACGCCAACCGCUGUGAGGUGCUCUGCUGCUGCUCCGUGAAAAUCCCGCGCCCCUCCACGCCAAGCCAGGGCGUCCUCCUUCCUUUCAUGCGGAAGUAUUACGCGCCCGUGCUGCUCCACCCAGUCUCCAGGAUAGCAGUGAUAUUUCUGUUCUCCUGCGUGUUCUGUAUCUCCAUCUUCCUCAUGUUCCACGUCAAGGUCGGACUAGACCAGGAGCUUGCCAUGCCAACGGACUCCUACAUGCUGAAAUACUUUGAAUACCUGUACAAGUACUUUGAGGUCGGGGUGCCCACAUACUUCAUCACAACAAGAGGCUUCAACUUCUCGAGUGUGAUGGGCAUGAACGCCGUGUGCUCCAGCGUGGGCUGCGACCAGUUCUCCCUAACCCAGAAGAUCCAGUAUGCUACCGAGUACCCAGAGAGAUCUUACAUGGCUAUCCCAGCAUCCUCGUGGGUCGAUGAUUUCAUUGACUGGCUGAAUCCCAGAUCCAAGUGUUGUCGGAUUUACACCAGUGGACCCAACAAAGGCAAAUUCUGUCCAGCCACUGAGAGUGCUCUUAAGUGUCUAAAGCCAUGUAUGCCUUUCCCUAACGACGGAGUCCUGCGGCCAUCUGUAGAGGAGUUCAACAGGUUCCUCCCCAACUUCCUUAACAACCGACCUGACCUGCAGUGUCCUAAAGGUGGAUUGGGAGCUUAUGACACAGCUGUGGUACGUGACAGUCAGACUGGGGAAAUUUUAGCGUCUCGGUUCAUGGCAUACCACACCCCUCUCUCUAACUCCCAGGAGUAUACAGCAGCCCUGCUGCGUGCCAGGGAGUUGGCCAACAACAUCACCGAAGGCAUGAGGAAGAGCCAGGUGACAUCACAUGACUUUGAGGUCUUCCCUUACACUGUGACGUAUGUGUAUUACGAGCAGUAUGUGAACAUCGUGUACGAGGGCCUGGUCAACAUCUCCCUCUGCCUGCUCCCCACCUUCGUGGUGUGCUGCAUUCUGCUCGGGUUGGACUUGCGUUCCGGCCUCCUCAACCUCUUCACCAUAGUGAUGAUCACUGUGGAUACGGUGGGCGUCAUGACACUGUGGGGCAUCGACUACAACGCUGUGUCGCUCAUCAACCUUGUGACUGCCGUGGGGAUUUCUGUGGAGUUUGUGUCUCACAUGACGCGCUGCUUCGCCCUCAGCAUCUUACCCACGAAGGUGCAGCGAGCCAAGGAAGCCACGGCUAACAUGGGCAGUGCUGUGUUUGCCGGCGUUGCUAUGACGAACCUGCCUGGCAUCAUUGUGCUGGCGUUUGCAAAGGCUCAGCUCAUCCAGAUCUUUUUCUUUCGGCUGAACCUGGUCAUCACACUGCUGGGCAUGGCCCACGGGCUCAUCUUCUUACCUGUGCUCCUCAGCUUCUUCGGUCCUGGUGUGAACAAAGCUGUUCUGCUGAGGCUACAGAGCAAGAAAGCUGUGGAGACCAAGCAGAACUCCAGCAAAGUGUCCUAUGACAACUUUGCCUUUGAAAGCAUCCGAGAUCCCCCCAGCACAGAGUCCUCUGUCCUACCGCCCAACCACUCGGACCUAACCGCUCCAGACAAACAGGAUGAGGAUGGUGUCACAAAAACCAUCUCCAGCACCCACAUUUGA